GGUUAAAAUUCUUGAUUGCGGCAUGCGCAGCGCUACACAAGGAAUCAUUGAGAAAAUGUUUGAAGGGAAGCAGCAAAAACACGUGAUAUUGUCUGGAAGUCUCUUACUAAGCAAGGAACUCGGAAAUACGUUGGCCAUGCAACAAGAAGUCCGAGAGGAGGUGUGGAGAAAGAGGCAGUAGAGCUUACUUCUCAAUCAUCAUUUAUUGCAAUAAUGGCUGCCUCUUCUUCUGCUUUGCGUACUCAAUUGGGUGCUAUAAAGUGGAUUCACAUACCCCAUCAAGUACCAUACUUGCACGGAUUGGCAUUGCAAGAGAGGAUUGUGGAAAAGAGGUUACAAGCAAAACAGUUGCUUGAAGAACAACCUUCUGCUUCUCCCUCAGUACGAUCUGCUGGCAAUGAAUCACUACCCAAACAAGUUCAAGAAGCGCAAAAGGUCGCUUGGGAAGAUUAUUUGUUGUUACAAGAACAUACCCCGGUAUACACAGAAGGAAGACGAAAGGGAGCAAAGAAUGCGAUUGGUGAUGAUGAAGAAGGAAAGCGAUUACGUGCAUUAGGAGCAGAUUAUAUCGUCGCUCAAAGAGGAGGAUUGAUAACCUUUCAUGGACCAGGACAAAUUGUUGGUUAUCCAAUCUUGGAUAUUUCACGAAUGAAUAAUUUAUCAACACGUUGUUAUGUUGAUAAAAUGCAAACAUGUUUUCGUGAUUUGCUACAAGAUAAAUUUCAAAUUCAAACAGUUUCACCUCCAGAUGAAGCAACGGGCGUUUGGACGGAUGAGAUGCAUAAAAUUCUUUCGAUCGGUAUUCAAGUUCGUCAAAGGAUUACUUCACAUGGUUUCGCAUUGAAUGUGAAAGCGCAACCACUUCUUUCUUGGUUUAAACAUAUUGUUGCUUGCGGUAUUGUGGGCAAGCAUAUGACCAGCAUUGAAAGACAACUUGCUUUACGGAUCCAAGAAGAAGAACAAGCAAGACCUGAUCGUGAAGCUGCUCCUCAGAGUGAGAAACGGAUGGAAAAUGCAGACUUUGCGGAGAUCGAGCCAGGGCUGCAGCUUGGUCCAGAGAGUGUACUGGAUGUGCAAAAGGUAUCUGGUUUGGUAGCUCAACAGAUUGGCAAGACGUAUCAGCGUGACAUGCAACCGGCAGCAGAUGGUGACUUCCGGUUCGAAGCCGAUAGCAAUGGCGUCAUAGACAAGAUAUGGUUUGCUGGUGAAGAAGUUCAUCCGAUGACAUCUGUAUAGAUUCGACUCAGUGUAUUUCUACUUGCUCAAGCAUUGGAUCAGGGUUAAUGUAUCAUCAUUUCGAGCGUGGAGCUUGCAACAAAAUGCAUGUUGAUUAAUGAGAAGGGCCUAUCGUAUCGAGUCAGGGUUGUUCUCAUGGGGUAAAGAGAGAAUAGGUGGGUAUAGCUACAGAUAUUUGGAUAACGUGACGAGAGAGAACCUUGGAAUGUACAUCAAUGGAGAUAAGGGGA